CAAAAUGAUGUCCUCACAGCUCUCCGGCUUUCUAAUCCACUACACAUUCAAGGAUGUCCUACUCGGUGGAAUAUCUCUGUACCUCGUUUACGGGAUUCUUCUCUGUAUUUAUCGCUUAACAAUUCACCCGUUGGCCCAGUUCCCAGGCCCUAAGCUUGCAGCAGCGACAUUUUGGUACGAGUUUUAUUAUGACCUUUUCCCACACAAAUUGCGCUACCUGUGGAAGAUUGAGGAAAUGCACAAGAAAUACGGGCCAAUUGUUCGCAUCAACCCAAUUCACUUACAUAUCAACGACCCCAACUACCUCGAUGAAAUAUAUGCCGGAGGCAAGCGUAAGCGCAAUCGGGAUGCCUGGUACUACCGCUCAGAGUCAAAUGGCCCUCUGGGAUGGUCGGUUUUUCAGACUGUCGAUCACGAUGUCCACCGGAUGCGAAGGGCCGCACUCAAUCGUUUCUUCAGCAAGCGUUCCGUCCAAGAGCACGAGGAGAUGAUAAUCGACAAGAUUGAAAUUCUGUGUGGUCGCUUUGCAGAGGCUUAUCGCACAGGUGAUACUGUUUCUCUAACCUUCGCUUGCGGUGCGCUGACAAUGGACGUCAUCUCGGCCUACGCUUUCGGCGCGGAGACGGACAACUUGACGCGCCAGGACUUCGGCGCGGAGUAUCUCGAGGCAUACAGCAAACUGAGUCAAUUUGGCCCUGUCGGUCGUCAGUUCCCUUGGCUUGCCAAGGCAUGUCUUACGCUGAUUCCGUCGAGCCUCAUGCAUCGAAUCAGCCCUGCCGCUGCCCUCAUUCCAAGGAAUAGACUUUUCUUUCGCGGUAUGAUUGAGGAAUCUGUUCGUCAACAGGAAGAAGGGAAGAGAACCAAAAGUGAGGGUUUACUUGAGGCAGAGAAGGAGUCUCAAAAGAACAAGUCUAUCUUCCAGGAUAUUCUACGGAGCAAUCUUCCGCCCAGCGAGAAAGCACCCGCCCGUUUAGCGGCAGAGGCCAAUCUCUUGGUUAUUGCAGGCACUGAGACUACUGCCAGGGCUCUGUCACUUGUCCUCUUUCAUAUCUUGGACAAUCCUCAGACCUUAUUGCAACUGAGGGAAGAACUGAGGCCCCUCAUGCCCCAUCCUGAUUCACGGGUGUCCGUGGCUGCUCUCGAAGCCUUGAGGUUCUUUCCCGCAGUAAUUACGGAGGGAAUCAGGCUCUCUCAUGUGGUUUCAAGCCGAAUGCCUCGAUAUGCACCAGAGGAGACACUACGCUACAGCAAAUGGAUUAUACCCGCGGGGGCACGUGUGAUGCAAUCUCAUUAUCUGCAUCAUAUGAAUCCCGACAUCUUCCCGGAUCCCUACACGUUCAAUCCGCAUCGCUGGCUUGACAAUCCUGAGUUGAAACAAAAUUAUUUCAUGGGCUUUGGCAAAGGCUCUCGGAUAUGCCUUGGUAUCAAUCUUGUAUAUGCCGAACUUUAUCUCACUAUAGCCCGCCUCCUGACUCGUUUUGACAUGCGUUUGCAUGAAACAAUCAGGGAGCGGGACGUCGAUGUAAAGCGUGAUUGUAUCAUUGGGCUCCCGAGCCCUGAAGGGCAGGGAAUCCGCGUGAGGAUUACACAAGAUAAAGCAGGGUAAAAUUGAGGUCUGGUUAUCUAGCAGGCUAACACUUGGCCAGCAAUCCCGGCAGAUUCGACAAAAAAUAGGUCUGGCUGAGAUAUUCGGGAGGAUAUUUUUUUGUUUAGCUCAUCUAUCUCAAAACCAC